AUGUUUAAGAAAGAUAUUCCCCCAAGCAACCGGUCUAAGGUCAAGUCCUCAGUGCAGCGCGGCCUGCGCCAAAAGCUGUUGGAGACAUACCCCGGCUUUGAGCCCUUUAUUGAAGAUGUCAUGCCCAAGAAGGCCUCAUUGGAAGCCGUGAAACUGUACAGUUCCCGUUCUCCCGUUUUUACCUUCAAAUUCCAGCAACAGACACCGAAAACUAACCAAAACUACCACCCCAGACCCGACCGCGUGACCCUCUACACAAUCGACUCAACCCCUCUCUUCUUUCAACCUAUCGACGGACCUCCAGUCCCCCACCUCCGCCUCAUCCACGCCUACCCUUCCGCUGUCCCAACAAUCCAGAUCGACCGCGGCGCCAUCCGCUUCGUGCUCUCCGGCGCAACACUCAUGGCUCCCGGCCUCACCUCCCCCGGAGGCCGUCUACCUGAUGCCGAACAUGCCCUUGAGGCUGGACAGAUCGUUGGUGUCAAGGCUGAGGGAAAGGAGGAGAUUUGUAUGAUUGGUAUGCUGAAGGUCGGCACCGAGGAGAUUAAGAGUAAAGGGAAGGGAGUUGUUAUUGACGAAGGUCAUUAUCUUGGUGAUGGGCUUUGGAGAAUGCAUUUGGAUUAA